AGGCUCUCCUCCUGCUUCGCACCUGCACCCCUGUUGUAUGCUCUAUACCGCACUCGCCAGGCGGAGCCGUUUCCCCGCACUAUUUCGGUACUAUAGUAGAUCCGCCAAGAUGUCUUUGAAGGCUAUCUCCUCGAAGGAUGCUGCUUCCCUAGACAAAGACCUUGUGGAAAUAGGUGGAUGGUCCUUGGACCAACUGAUGGAGCUAGCCGGACUCUCUGUUUCCCAAGCUGUCUACCGUAUUCAUCCCCCAAGCUCAGGUAAGGAUGUUCUCGUUGUCUGCGGACCAGGAAACAACGGCGGCGAUGGCCUGGUAGCCGCUCGCCAUCUAGCUCAAUACGGCUACAAGCCAUCCAUCUACUACCCCAAGCAGGGCAAGAACGAACUCUACCAGCGUCUGAAAACCCAACUCGAGAACCUCUCCGUCCCCUUUGUUUCCGAUCUAGCAGUCGCCAUCAAAUCAACCGAUUUCCUAGUCGACGCUAUCUUCGGCUUCUCCUUCGGCGGCCCCCUGCGUGAACCUUUCCCAACCAUCAUCUCCCAGAUCGAAACAGCCACCAUUCCCGUGUUGAGUGUCGAUGCACCUAGUUCUUGGGAUAUUGAGAGUGGACCCCCCAAAGAGGGCCCAGGCUCAAAGUUCAUGCCAGAAGCACUCAUCAGUUUGACAGCCCCCAAGCCCUGCGUGAAGUAUUACAAGGGGCGACACUUCCUUGGAGGGAGGUUCCUGACGAAGAGUAUUGCGGAGAAGUAUGGGUUGGAUCUUCCCCAAUACCCUGGCAUUGAUCAGAUUGUCGAGGUUGGUGUUGAUGCGGAGGGAAGGCUUUGAAUAGAAUCGGGUCUCUUUCUGGACUCGAAUAGUUGACAUGCUCUGUAAUACAAAGGUAUGGUUCUUGCGUUCGGGAUCGGGUUGGAAAUAUAGUAUACCUUCUCAGAGUUGUAGUCACAUUAGAUGGGUAGUCACAUUGGAUGGGUUAUCCUACACAAUACCAAGGAUUGU